AUGGCUGUUCUCCCCGGAGUUCCUGGCAUUGAGGUCAGGAUCGUCGUUGAUGGCCUGCCCACUCAGGAAUGGCCGUUUGAGGAAAACAAAAAGAGAGAUGUCGGCGACGAAGAUGCCAAAGCGGACGAGCACAAGAACCGUAGCGUGGCGUCGGAAGAUACUAAACUUCCUACCAGACACAACUAUAUCGUGUCUAAGUCAGGCUGCCAUUUUGGGGUCUCCCUCGCCUUGAGUCCCGAUCUCAAGACCGACAGUCUCCCUGCUACGACUGACGCCAUUGGCAUCCACAUCCACAUUGAUGGGACGUUCUUCGACAGAUUCCUAGUCGGUUUUGAGCACCUUAAGCCCCAAGAAUGGAAUUACAUGCCACCAACAUGGGACUUUAAACUUGUCAAAACGGAAGACGGUACCACAAAGCGAGAAUGCCCAGUAUUUUCGGAUAUUCUUUCAGUUGAAGACCCUGACAGUGACAAGACCGAGGCAGACUUGGCUCGUAUAAAGACCAUGGGAACCAUCCGUCUUACGGUUUGGGCUGCCAAGAGGGGGAAAUCGUGCACAUAUGAAGUCACAGAAACUCCCAAGCGAUCCGAGAUGGAACUAGCUCACAAGGCUACCAUUUUGCACGGCGAGGGCUUAACUCAUGGGACUACGUUCAAGGAUGAGGAUAUUGAAGAGUCUGACCGUCAGAGGUUUGAAGCUACAGUCCUUAAGAAAUUGGGUGAGUUUAUCUACAAGUACAGCGCUCAUCCUCCCAAGGAAGCAAAUAAGCAUCAACUGGACCCAAGUGUCCCGUCAAAGAGGAAGUACGAGGAGGUGAAGAUGCCAGAUGGUAGAUCUGUGCUCGAUCUCACUGGCGACGAUGACGACUGA